UUUUUCCCUUUUGUUUGACACGUGAUAUGAAUUGACGGCAAGUUUUUUGUCAACAAUUAUUGUUUGCGAUUAUCAUUUGGUCGACCAAUUGAUCCCAAGACUGGACACGAAUAAUGGCCGAGAAGUGCGUUCGCGACCGACUUCUCUCUAUUGUCGACGACAUGGAAAUGAUAGCCAAAGAGCUGUUGGAGAUUGUGUUGACACCGAAGCCGUUGCGACCGAAUCAGAUGCUGGACAGCAACCAAUUGGCCGAUCUAUUGGUGGCCAAAGACCGCGAAUUGAAGGCUGAGCUCAGGUUGGCUAAAGAGCAGGAAGACGUCCACAAGAGUAUGUGUGAACUGCGCGAAGAGGUGGACAAACACGACCAACAGAUCCGUCAGCUCCAGAAGAAUCUCAAAGAAGCCGAACAUAUAUUGUCGACUGCCAUAUAUCAGGCCAAACAUAAGCUACAAAUCAUAUCAAAGGCCACAACACAACCGAUGCAAUCAGAAGAGCUGAUUAGAUACGCCCAUAAGAUCAGUGCCGCCCACUCGGUGUCGGCGCCGUAUAAUUGGGAAAUCGGUGACCAGAGGCGGCCCUAUCCCACAGAUGUGGAGAUGCGUUCCGGUCUAUUGGCCAACGCCAGCGAUCCCACCACUAUGUCCAACAUUAUAGCCCAACAGUCGCAUCAGAUGAACAACUAUGGCAGCGGCGCUCAGACGGCCCAACAGCAGCAGCAAGAGAUGGGUCGACCGCCGAGUACUGCCAGCAAUUCCAGUAACUCGUCGUUCGCGUGGGGACAGGACGUGAAGCCCAAUGUGAGCGCCCUUUCCGGUGCCGGUUAUCCUCCGCCGCCGGCGUUCGACAAU